UACACUAUCUGGGUUAGUUCUUCAUCUUCAUUCGAACUUUCAUAUUUCUUGAAUUAAUUUUUGGCCCUUUCUGUGUUUCCACCAAGAUUGUUAUGGCAGCAAAUUUAAUCGGAGGGGCUGCUUUAGGGGCAGUUUUUGGAGAGCUCCUUAGAACCGUUGUAGAGGCGAGUAGAACAACUGCCAUGUUUCGUGAUACCUUGAAGGAACUGCAGUCCACGCUAUUAUCCAUUGAGCCAGUAAUAAAAGAAAUAGAAUCAUUCAACAAAGUUUCUGAUAAAGAGCACGAAACAAAACAGCUCCUCGAGAUUAUCGAUAAAGGGCAGAAACUUGUCACCAGGUGCUGCAAAAUCCACAGGUUGGACUUCAUCAAGAAGACUUAUUACGUGAAAAAGCUUCAUGAAUUGAACAGAUCACUCGACAGGUUGUACCAGAUUAUGCAGGCGCAGCUGGUGAGGGACGUGAAAGAGGUGCUGUUUGAAACUAAAGAGAUUAGUGUGGGAAUUAGAAGAUUGAGUUUGAAAGAGGGAUCUAGCUGCGGGAAUAGGACGUUUAGUCAGGUUUCGGAUGUGGAUUCAUUCAAAGUUCCCGAGCCUCGAGAUGUGGGCUCAUUCAAAGUUCCCGAGCCUCGAGAUGUGGGCUCAUUCAAAGUUCCUGAGCCUCGAGGGGAAGUUGUUGGAUUCGAUGAACCCUUGAAAGAGCUAAAGAUGAAGCUUUUUAAAGAUGGGGUUUCAAUCAUUGUUGUAUCUGCUCCUGGAGGAUCUGGGAAAACAACAUUGGUUAAACAGCUAUGUCAAGAUGCAGAGAUCAAAGAAAAAUUUAAAGACAACAUCUUCUAUGUCACUGUUUCAAAGACACCAAACCUGGAGUUCAUAUUGCAGAGACUACUCCAUGUUAUGGAUCAUAGUGGAGUACCUGAAUUUCAAAGUGAGGAGGAUGGUCUGAACCACUUGGAACGUAAAUUAAGGCAGCUUGCAGUCAGUCCCAUAUUACUGAUCCUCGAUGAUGUUUGGUCUGGUUCUGAAUCCCUUGUUGACAAGCUCAAGUUUAAAUUGCCAGAUUACAAAAUCUUGGUAACAUCAAGAUUUGCCUUUAGAAGAUUCGAUUUUACAUAUUGUUUGAAACCAUUAAAUGAUGAUGAUGCGAGAACCCUUUUCCGUCAUUGUGCAUUCCUGCAAAAUGAAACUCCUUGCAUUCCAGAAGAAAUCGAGAAUCAAGUGAUAGAAAGCUGUAAAGGACUGCCACUGGCCCUUGAAGUGGUUGGUAGGUCGCUUUGUGGACAGCCUAUCGCAAUGUGGCGAAAACGAGUGAAACAGCAUGCUAAAGGACUAUCCAUCUUGCAUUCUAAUGCUGAUCUUCUUGCUCAUCUUCAAAGCAGUUUGGAUACCCUGGAUAGUCAGGCAGCAAUAAAGGACUGCUACCUAGACCUAGGUUCAUUCCCAGAAGAUCAUCGGAUUCCAGCCACUGCGCUUAUUGAUAUGUGGGUGGAGCAAUACGAACUCGAUGAAGAUAAUGAUGCUAUUGGCAACCUCCAUGAACUCUCUGACAGAAAUCUGGUUAAUCUAAUAGUCAUGAGGAAAGACGAUGAAAGUGAAGCUGAUGGUUGCUACAACGAUCACUUUGUCAUGCAGCAUGAUCUUCUAAGAGAGCUUGCUAUCUAUCAGAGCGGAUUGGAUCCCGUAGAGAAAAGAAAACGGAUAAUCAUAGAGUUAAGCGGAAACAAUAUUCCUAAUUGGUGGUCUGAAGAAAAGCAGCAACCACUUGGUGCUAACCUCUUGUCUAUCUCCACAGAUGAAUCAUUCUUAUAUAAUUGGGGCUACAUUCAAGCACCAGAAGUUGAGGUUUUAGUUCUCAAUUUUCGGACAAAGAAGUACACAUUACCUGUCUUCAUGGAGGAAAUGCGUAAACUGAAGGUUUUGAUUGUCAUGAAUGAUGGUAUUUGUCCUGCAGAAGUAGGUAACUUUCCACUUCUGUACUCUUUAUCCAAUCUAAAGAGAAUCAGAUUAGAGAAGGUUUCGGUUCCGUCUCUCGAUACGAACUCCUUACGCCUAAAGAAUUUGCGAAAAAUAUCCCUAGUCAUGUGUAAUAUCAAUCAGGCUUUCAAAAAGGGUACACACAAUUUUUUAGAUGUUUUUCCAAAUCUUUCGGAAAUCGACAUCGACUAUUGUGAUGAUCUGGUGGAACUUGGUGAAGGGUUGUGUGACCUUAUUCAACUGGUGAAGCUUAGCAUCACCAAUUGCCACAAGUUCAGUACACUGCCUGAGGGCAUUGGAAAACUGGCAAAAUUGGAUGUGCUAAGGUUGACAUCCUGUACUGAACUCAAGACAUUGCCUGAGACCAUUGGGAGCUUAUCCAAGCUUACUAUUCUCGACAUUUCCGACUGUCUAAGCAUCGUAGACAUUCCGGCCCAGAUCGGUGAAUUGCAGAGUCUAAAGAAGCUCUAUAUGAGAGGGUGCUCCGGUUGUAACCUGCCUCCAACAAUCACAAAGCUGUUACAUUUGAAGUAUGUUAUAUGUGAUGAGGAGACAGCCUAUCAAUGGGAGUCUUUUGAAUCUUCUCUCACUAAUUUAAGGGUAAGAGUUGAUAAAGAAGAUAUCAACUUAAAAUGGCUUCAGACAUUUUCAUAAUCUCCUAUUCUUUU